ACUAAUAAAAUCAAUAAUGAACCAAAAAAGUAGCAAACUCAUACGAUGUAUUUAACAAGAAAUAAUCAAAUCCAAUCCUACUAUCACGGAACAAUAACAAAACCAACUCAAAUACAAACCCACUUACAGAGAAAACCCAGAUAUGAUAUUGCAAAUGCCAACUUUUUUCAUGCAUUUUACAAGAUAUAAUUCAUUUUUUUUUAUGCCUAUAUAAUAAUCUCUUAUCUUAUUAAGAUUUAAUAUUAAGUUUCUCAAAAUUAUCUUCCAAUCUGAAAAAAUGAGUGGGGCCCGUGUAAGUUCAUCUCCUGAUCUUUUGCCCAUGUCAACUAGCAGCAAUGAAGAUUUAAGCUUAGAAGGUAUUUCAACAAAUGUGAAGUUGUUAUUGAAGUUGAUUCAAGAUCAUCAAGAAGCAUCUGUGAAAGGGAGCAUGGAUGAGAGAAAAGAACAAAGAUUUGCUGGAAUAAUGACAAUAUUAGAAGAUGUUAAGACAAGGAUGCAAAAAUCUCAAUCUUCUGCCAAGAAAGGAAAGGAACUUAGACGUUGCUACACAGACCUAAGAGUGAAUCCUCCAAAACCUGGACAUAAAAAAGAUGAAACAUUGAUCUUAGAUGAAAAGGAAAAACUAAGAAGAGAUCUGAAUACAAGUUAUGCAGCACAAAAGAGACUAGGAAUUAUGUGUGCAAGUUUAGGGAGGGAAAAAGAGAUCAUAUCAAGGGAACUUACAAGGAAAGUACAAGAACUUAAUGAAAUGGAGGAACAUAUUAAUGAUCUUAGGGCACAAAAUGAAAGAUUAUCAACUAAGAUACAAGCUUGUGUAGCUGAUCAUCAUAAAGAGAUUCAAAUAAGUGGGAAUGGCUCAGAAAAUAACAUCAAUUAUGCAGCAACUCAACAAAGGAAUAAGGAGCUUUCUGAACAACUUGUUAAGUCUUUAGAAGGUUACAAGUUGAUGAAGAGGAAACAUAAAGAGGUUAAAGAGGAAAGGGAUGUAAUGCAAUUUGCUAUUGAAGAAUUAGGAGAUGAAGUUAAACAUAGCAUUGACAUUGUCUACAACCUCAACCAACAUGUUUCUGCUUCUGCUUCUGCUUCUGCUUUGGGUGAAAAACUCGGAAAGGUUGAAGAGAACAUCACUUCAUUGGACCAUGUUUUUCAAAGACUCCAUGAGAAAAUUACAAGGUUAAAGAAGGAAACAAAGUAAAUUGUUUCAGAGUUUUAAUGGAAGAUUCAGACUUCUAUUUGUAUACAUGUUCAGUUAACCCAUUCCAAGAAAAUUGUCCCGAUCAAGUUUUGUUAUUUCUUAUUUGUUAUUUGUUAUUUGUUAUUUGUUAUUUGUUACUUUAGAAGGAAAUGGACUAAUAUGUAUUUUUGAAGGACAUGUUUCUGAGGACCAAUAUGUAUCAUGUGUACCAAACCAAUUUGCAAAUACAGUUUUUAUGUAUAUAUGACACACCUAUUUCAUCUCUUUGCUUCAAA